AUGUCACCCUUUCUUCACCUCCUCCUCAUCUUCAUCCUCGAUGGCAUUCCCGUAAUUUCAUCGUGCUCUUCUUUCGUCUGCGGGAACCUCAACUUCACGUAUCCAUUUUACCAAAUCAACGCAACCUCCUUGAGUUUGUGCGGCUACGAAGGUCUGGGAAUCUCCUGCCUCGACCAAAACCCAACCUUCAAUAUUUCCGACGACGCAUACACAGUAAAAUUCAUCAACUAUCGCCAAAGUACCUUCACCCUUGUAGAAAGUAGCUUAGUGGGGGAGAGCUGUCCGAGGCCACGCCACAACAUUUCAUGGGAAUAUCUGUCUUUGUUUGAACUCACAGCACAUGACAAGAACCUGAGCUUCUACUUCAACUGCUCUUCGUUUCCAUCGUGGGGGCGGCCGAUUUCGUGUCUGGGAUACGGAUCGAUGAAGUCUUAUGCAGCGAUUGAAGAGAGCGGUGAUUUUAAUUGGGAUGAGAUGUGUGAAGAGAAGGUGAUAGUUCCAGUGCUUGAGAGCGCGGGCUCGGGCUCAUUGGUCGGAGCCGUACAACAAGGGUUCAAGCUACAGUGGAAAAUUCGUAGAGAUUGUGAGAAUUGCGAAUCUAUUGGUGGGUUUUGUGGGAAAAGCAAUACCGAGGAACGAUUCCUUUGCUUUUGUAAGAACGGAACGAAUUUCUCUUUUUGCAACUUUACUCCACCGAAUGGGCAACAGCCGGUUCCAACUAACGCAGAUGUCCCAAGCACCUCCCCCAACGGUCAGUUCUGCAUCUCUACUCUAAAGGGUUUUAAUAUAAUGCAGGGGCCACACCAAACCCACCAUGUGGGGCCAGGUUCCACCAAAGCCCUGGUCAGUCUUAAUUGA